AUGCCAAAGGCCUCACAGAGACUCGCAAGAUGGAGCGCCACAUUUAUUGCCGCUUGGUUCAGUCUGCAGCUUUUGCAGUCCAAGAAGAGCUCGGCCUUUACAGGCAGUUCCUCUGAGAAAUCUGAUAGCCCGCCUGGAGCUCAGCUGAAGGAGACCCGGUAUGCAGGACGGACUCUUGACUUGACGUUAUUCACAUUGACGAGAGCCCUGGACGUUCUUGUUGGUGAAGUUUGGGCGCGAAGGCGAGCGCGGCGUGUAGCCCAAGGCAGUUGGACCAAGGCUGAAUGGAUCGUCGGCAGGUUCACCGACCCUUGCUUGUUCGUUACUUCGUGUGCUUUCAUCAUGUGGGCAUGGUUUUACCACCCCGAAAGACUCCCCAGCGGCUACAACAAGUGGAUCAGUUCGGCGGCAAACGUCGACAUGCGGCUGAUCGAGGCCCUCCAGAAGCUCCGUGCCAACGACAUGUCCUAUGGUCAAAGUGGACAGGCAGAAUUGCUGCAGGGCAUGUGCGAGAAAUACGGAUGGCCGAAUGAAUGGGGCGAUCCGUCAAAGUCAAUUCCCAUUCCGUGCGAGAUGGUGCACAUGGGCUGCGGCCCAUCAUGCGAGCUCCAUGCCAUCAGCCGCUUCUAUCGGUCGUGGAAGUGGUCCAUGGCCAUGUAUCUACCCCUGAGCAUCGCGCUUCUUCUUCGGGGGCCUAUCAACAAGAAGACCCUUCUGCGGACCUUGCUAUCAUCGUCGAGGUCGGCGGCGUUUUUGGGAGCGUACAUCACUUUGUUCUAUUACGGUGUCUGUCUCGCCCGUACCAGAAUUGGGCCUCACAUCCUCGGCAAGGACCUGGCCGCGAGGCAAAGGAUGGACUCGGGGAUCUGCGUCCGCACGGGGUGCUGCCUCUGCGGCUGGAGCGUCCUCGUCGAGUCCGCCAGUCGUCGCAAGGACAUGGCGCUGUUCGUCGCCCCGCGGGCCAUGGCGACGCUGCUGCCUCGGCGGUACGGCAUGGAAAAGCAGUGGAGGGAGACGCUCGUCUUUGCCGCCAGCACGGCUGUUGUUUUCACUUGUAUCCAUGAGAACCAGGCCCGCGUACGCGGCGUGCUGGGCGGUGUAUUGGGAAUGGUCUUGCGCAACUAG